UUCGGAUUAGAAAUCAUAUAUAAAGGCAAUACCAGAGCAGAGUCAGUUAUCAGUCAACGUUCGCUCUCGACCAGACAGAAAUCAGCCAAAAUGUUCAAGUUUGUGAUGAUCCUCGCCGUUGUGGGAGUGGCCACCGCCCUGGCCCCAGUGUCCCACAGUGAUGAUGUCCACGCCGAUGUGGUUUCCCGCUCCGACGAUGUCCGCGCCGACGGAUUCGAUGCCAGUCUGCACACCUCCAACGGAAUCGAGCAGGCCGCCAGCGGAGACGUCCAUGGCAACAUCCACGGCAACUUCGGAUGGAUCUCCCCCGAGGGCGAGCACGUGGACAUCAAGUACGUGGCCGAUGAGAACGGCUACCAGCCCUCGGGCGCCUGGAUCCCCACCCCGCCCCCAGUCCCGGAGGCCAUUGUCCGCGCCCUCGCCUGGCUGGAGUCCCACCCCCAAGCCCCCGAGCAUCCCCAUCAUCACUAAGACCCGUAACUUUGAACCCGGACCGCUCCACGGACUGUUCUGACGAAACGAAUCUCCCUAGUUGUUUAGCUGUACUUCUUGAUUUUCAAAAAAAUACAUGCACUUGCUUAUAACAGUAUAAA